CGCAAUCAAAGAGCGACGACAGCUUGAAUUGUUGUUUCUUCAAAUCGUGGUCAGAUGAAACUCUGUUAUUUCAAAGACAAGGGGACCAUGAUGGUGUUACUGUUCCGUUUAGAGUCUACCCAUCACUGAGGAACUCCUUACAUCUGACAUGUUGUAGUCUGUUGUCAAGUCAAUGACCUCUAUCCUGAGAAAGGCUUGAGAACAACGGUUUCUUCUACACAGCGAAAGUACUUUGCAGAAGAAUACCUGGAGGGACGCGUCAGGAUAAAAAGCAAGCAAGGAAUAAAACACAGCACCAAAUAUUCAGAUAAAGGAGAAAAAGAGGCGUGUGGAGAGGGGGUGUUGGGGAUGGGGUUGAAGAGCCAAAGGAGGACGUCAUGGUUCACAGCGGCUCUGCAUCCCCAGUGAAAACAACACCAUCAGCAUCACCUCAUUUAACUGUUCCUGCUACAGCACCUGCUCCUCAAGCAGCUCCUCAUCUAGUGCCUCCCCAUGGAAAUACUACAGACCAGGACCUGACCCCUGCCAAGCUCCUCACCACAGACCUUACCUCCAACUCAGUCUUGACCCAGCCCUCUACCCUAAUUCCUGUUGAACCUGAGCCCCCUGUUGUCACCUCAGCAGAAGCGUUUGCUUGUAACUCCAGCCGAGCGUCAGCCUGCUCCUCCACACAGACACCUACCUUUACUCAGAGCCAGAUCAAUGGCCGUACGUCAGGCAGGAAGAGGACUCCUAAGGCCUGUGACUGCUGUGGCCCCAACAGCAAAGGACACAAUGUCAGACCCUCAGCCAGAGGGCGGGGGAGAGGGAGAGGGAGGGGUGCUGGAAGUGACCUCAGAGACACCCCAAAAAGGAAAGUGGAGGGCCAGCUGACGCGUUUAAGGUGUUUUGAUUUGACCACGGAGAAUUUGGAGGAAACGGAGGAUGAGGAUGACAGCUUUGAGAAGGUGCAAACGGCUCUAGUUGUGGCUGAUACACCGUCCCAUACGGAUGUUGCUCUCCCUGUCACAGUCUCCCUGCAGGAUGAACCAAUUAGGAACUAUGUUGCUCCAGAGAAAAGGGAUGCGCAGAAAAUGGAAGACAUGUUGAUAGAAGGGUCAGGGGGGAAAGGAGCUGGUGAGAGCACGGAUGUGGAGAUGAUAUUGUCGGGAACAGCAGGCAGGGGAGCACCAGUAGUUGGAGGGAGAGGAGGGAGGGUAACGAUGGAACCUAAGACUGCAUCAAAAAUGGAUGUAAACUGUGGAAUAAAGAGGGGAGGUUUAGGUGGUGUUAUCAUCAGUUCUAAAAUGGAUGCCCAGGCUCCAUUAGGGUUCGUGCGGACACAGGGGCAAAACAAAGACGCAGAGAUGGACCAUGGAGGGCAGACCGACCCCAGCUCAGUUAAAUCUUCAUUUGGAAAUGGAGACACGGUAAACCUGAGUGACACUGAACCUGAAGAGGAUAUGAAGGAGGGUAACAUGAUGGUGAGGGAAAUGGCAAAUGGGCUACUUUCUGUCUCAUGGCAGUCAGGUGCCUCAAGGUCAGGGUCGGCCCAGGACCUGGACUCCGACAUGCAGGUGGACAAGACUCCUGACAGAACAGACUCGAUGUCUGUACCGGCAACUCUGUCCAACGGAAAUGUCCCCACACCCGCAAAUGCUGACCACUGCUCCACACUUAUGGAGGUGGAAACUUCUCAUCCAGCUGUGGUUGCUCCUCCAUUCCAGGGCCCUAUUACAGUGCUCAGCAUGCAGUACAGCCGGGCAUUAAGGGACCACAGGCUGUACUGUCAGCCUGAAACCUGGGACAAGGAGGGGAUGGAGGAAGUGUCCGAAACAACAAACGGACGAGAGGUAGAUGGAGAGAAGCAGAACAAAGAAAGGCUAGAGCAGCUUACUGAUAUGAUCCACGAGUUUCUGGAGAGCUUCUACUUGAAGUACGGCAGUUUCAUUCCUCUCACUGAGAGCGAUGUCCUGGAAUACCUGAAGAAGAAAGGCAACUCUGACCUCAACAGCAAGGAGCUGGACAUCAAAAGGGAGAUUGCUCGGUAUAGGGCGGGGCUGGCCUCUGCUCCCAUCGCAGGAUUCAUGGUGUCGUAUAACAAACACACUCUGGGCCUGGAGGACCUCGGCACGCUGGAGGAACAGAACUGGCUUAAUGACCAGAUUAUCAACAUGUAUGGAGAACUCAUCAUGGAGGCGACACAACACAAGGUUCAUUUUUUCAACAGUUUUUUCCACAAACAGCUGGUUGCCAAGGGUUAUGACGGUGUGAAGAGAUGGACUAAAAAAGUUGACCUGUUCUCCAAGUGGCUGCUGCUAUUUCCCAUCCAUUUAGAAAUCCACUGGUCUCUCAUCACGGUCACCAUGGCAACCAAAACCAUCAGUUACUACGACAGCCAAGGCAUCGUCUUCAGACACACCACAGAUAACAUCAUGAAGUAUCUUCAGUCUGAAGCCAGAGAGAAGCAACAGGCAGCUUUCCAGAAAGGCUGGAAGAUAACCAUCAUCAAGGGUAUUCCUCAGCAGAAAAACGACAGCGACUGUGGAGUUUUUGUCCUUGAGUACUGCCGUUGUCUCUCUGUGAAGCAGCCUCUACUGUUCAGGCAGGAGGACAUGCCACGUAUCCGCAAGAGAAUCCACAAGGAGCUGUGUGACUGUCACCUCAGCGAUUGAACGAAUAAUGGUCGCCUUCACUCACUGCAGCUCGCCUGGUUUUAUGAGACAGUCUGUCCAAGUCAGAUGGCCUGUGUUCCUGACAGUCUGUUACAUAAGCUAACACAACGCGGCCCUCUGUACACCAGGGAGCCCUCACUGCCACUCUUCCUGUUUGACUGACAGCAGAGCAGCCGCUCAUUUGGACUUUUGGUGACUUUUGAAGUUGACUUAACAGUCUGUGGCUAAGCAGAUUUUUUUUACUUGCAAGGAACUACUGACGUGGCCCCCUACUGACCCACAGAAAUGCAGGACCUGAACCCACUAGGUUGUUCUUGCUUUCUACAUUUACCUUUCCCAAUGGAUUUCAACCAAAUGGACACAAGGGAGCUCUGACGUGGACUGAGAUCACGGGCAUUGGAGCUGCGUAGGUCCACGAAAUGGACCCCUCAUCCCAAAUGGAGUGGCCUUACAUCCCAAAUGGCCAUUUUAACCUGAACAACAUUUUUAACUGUUUAUAUAAUGCUGAACUUUACAGAAGUAUCACACCUACAGUUAUAUGCGUGUUUUCUAACAUCUUUAAUAAAGUUAGGAUGUUUUGAUUUAGUGGACCAGCUGUUCACUUAAAACUUGAAGGUUUGAGUUGGUUUUGUUCUCUUGGACUACCGAUAUUUGCACGGUUUGAGGCCUAUCUAUUGAAGAGUCUAGAGUAUCGACUGAAUGUACUGAUCACAUAUUCUUCCCGGCUGCCUCGCAGGGUGCAGACUCAGCACCGUACCGCCUAAUGGCACAUUUUGGCUGAGGCUUGAAACAGGGAUAGCAUUUUUUUUUUUAAAGUAGUUUUUUGUUUUAAGUUCAACUUUUUGAAACCAUAAUCCAAAUCAUUUCUUAUUAAAAUUCCAGUUUUUCCACCACUUUAUUUACUGCCUUUUUGUUUGGUUGUGAUCACAUUCUUAUGUUUUGCACAAGUGUUUUCCUGCCUUUUUCCGCUGAAAGCUGUUCUAUGACCACGAACCCAUCAUUUUGAGUUGAAAAUGCAAUGCUGGUUUGAAAAAUUCAUGUUAAGCUGUACAGCUAGCUGCUGAUGUGAGGACCACCGUUUGACUUCAUAGUAUCGAGGCCUGAAGCAGACAGCCGUAGUUCCAGUAGGCUCUUCACAGAGAAACAAGUGGACCUCAGCUAUUUUGAUUUAAAUCUUCUGUCCAAACUAGAUUUUGUUGUUAUAUUUAGUUACAUGUAUUUACAGAUUGUAUUGUACUUUUACUGGCCUACUACUGUAAAUGCUUGCUUUGGCUAAAAACCACAGUUGUUUCUUGACUGUUUUUAUUGUUGUUAUUAAAAAGGCCAAUACUG